CGUUCGCUGGUUCGAGAUUUCCAACUCGAUUUGCUAGCAGCCGAUCAAACAAGUAAAUAAUGUAGCAAGAUGUUAUUUACGUUCGUUUUUUCAAUCAACCCUGUCUGUACAUAUUAGAUACGAUGAAGAAACGAACAUUUACUCCUCAAAGAAUGUGAUAUUACACGUAGGAAAGAUGCCCUCUCCCAAGUCUUUGGGAGUGGAGGUGCGGCCGCUCGGCCGCUUGGACCGAAAGUGGCUCAAGGUAGAUUUGCAAAGCACUUUAAAUCGAGAUGGACUUAUUCAGCUUUGGAAUGAAAUGAUGAGAGAUGGGGAGCUCACAAGACCUGGUAUUGAUGCAUAUCUAAAUGCAAAUGGAGUCCCCACUCACCGAGGUGAAUCAGGCCGUCACUAUUGUGGUCUCAGAGUCUUAAACUGUACGUGCUGUGAUGGUGUAUGUGGUCCCCUAGAGGGCUGCAACUGUCUUCCUUGUCAAGCAAUAGAUAAUGAAGAAUUAAAAAGAAUUGAGGCUGAAAAUAGUCAACCACCACCAUCACAACCACAGAUUAAUUCUUGGACAUGGGGUGAACAACCCACCCCAGAGCAACUAAAUCUAAGUGUUCUUUCAUUAUGCAAAGAGCAGCAAGAUUUGUGUCAAAAUGCUGCAGGGUCAACAUUAUCCUCCCGUCGUUUGCGCCAACGCCUGGCAAUAGCUCAUAGAGUUUUAGUUGCUAUUGGAAGACAACCUUCAACAGAAAAAACAGAUCCCCAACUCAGAAAUCCAGCUCCAAAACCUCCAAAGACAAGUUCCAAGCCCACAGAAAAAGCGUCCACAAGUCUUGCCAGAGUAGGAUCUAGAGCUGCUCUCAAUUUCUCAUUCGCUUUCCUCCGAAGAGCCUGGAGAUCAGGGGAAGACUCAGACUUAUGCAGCGAGCUUUUGCAAGAGUCAUUAGAAGCUCUUCAAUCAUUGCCUGAAGCUACUCUCUUUGAUGAGACAGCUGUUUCACCUGUUUGGCUAGAAGUAGUAGACCGCUCUGCUCGUUUUUUACGCCAGGUUGUCUUAGGAGAUGGCCAAGGAAGAGGAGAAGUCCCCCGAGGAGACCAACACACUGCCUUGUGCCUUCUUCUUGAAUUGGCCAUGCAGCGAGGGGCCUUGUCAAAUAUGCUUGAGGCAGUUUUGCUUCUCCUGCAGCUUUGGGACAAAGGGAAACAAGAAGCCGAUAAUAGGAUUACGUCCUCAGGCACAAGUGCUCCAUUAAUACCGCUUUUGAAAAGACUGGAAAGAGUUUCAGUUACAAAAACUCAUAGCGUUCCUGAUGCCUGGGACGACAAUUCACCCAAUGUAGUCAGCCCAAAUGAGUGUUUUUUGAACUGCUUAGAAUUGCCUCAAGAUGGUCUUCUGGUGGACCUGCGUCAGGCAGCUGUUGUGGUAAUGGCUCAUCUUGACCGACUUGCUACACCAUACCUUCCCCAAACAUCCCCUGCCAAACAAGGAAAUGGAAGACAGCAGGAAGUCAGUUGUUGGGGUUCAAUGCCUAGUGCGUCUGUGCUUGAGGCCCUGGCUGAAGUGGGAGUUGUGCAGAUUGUUUGCACUGAAAGUGGAAUGCUUGUCCUCGGCCAUGCAGGAAAAGUUUACUCACUUCCAUAUGUGCCAGAGUCAGAAGGGUUGUCUGCUGGACUCACAUUAAUAGAGGGUUUUGGAGGAAAAGAAGUGACACGUCUUGCAGCUCAUGUAGAUGGCAGACAUUUCUUGGCCCUGACAAUUGAUGGCGAGGUUUACUCUUGGGGAUCAGGAGAUGGAGGCUGCCUGGGUCAUGGGGACAGAUCUCCUCAUGAUGAACCAACUCGAAUUCAGUCUUUGGCAGGCAUUACCAUCACUCAUAUUUCUUGUGGCAGUAGUUACAGUGCAGCAAUAUCGUCCCGAGGAGAGCUGUACACAUGGGGGCGUAACUGCUAUGGCUGCCUUGGUCACGAAAGCAGUGACGACAAGUUGCAACCACUUGUAGUAGAGGCGUUGAAAGGUCAGCGUGUUGUAGACGUUGCUUGCGGAAGUGGUGAUGCCCAAACUCUGGCUGUGACGGAUUCGGGUCUUCUCUACUCUUGGGGAGAUGUUGAUUAUGGAAAACUAGGUCGAGGUGGAAGUGAAUCUCCGAAAGUAGUGGACAAGCUGCUGGAUGUGUUUGUCACAAGAGUGUGGUGCGGCUCCCAGUGCAGCAUCGCUCUCACUCGAGGUGGUGCUGUGUACUCCUGGGGUCGAGGGGACGCCCACCGCUUAGGCCACCCGUCACAGGACCACGUGCGCUACCCCAAACUGCUCGACGCUUUCCAAGGACAACGCGUGGUGGAUGUGGCGGUGGGCUCUGUGCACGCCCUGGCGCUGACGGACGACGGCUCUGUGUGGGGCUGGGGGCGCCUGGAGGGCCACGGCGUGGAGGCCCCCGGCCUGGAGGGCGGCCUGGGCCUCAACGGCCUGGGCCUCAGCGGCCUGGGCCCGCCCGUGCUGGUGGGCACACUGGGCAGCAAGACGGCCGGCGCGGGGGUGGCGUGCGGCCCGGGCCAGAGCUGGGCGUGGACGGGGCUCGCCGACACGGCCGCCAGCGUGGAGCCUCGCAUCGCCCUCGUGCUGGACCUCAGCGAGGACACGUUCCGCCUGCUGGACCAGCUGCUCGCCAGGGCCAGCCAGGGCGUGGCCGGCUCGGACUGGCCCCCCACCCAGGACAAGGAGUGCCUGGUCGUGGCCUGCCUCAACCUCCUCCACCUGCAGCUCCACGCCAUGGCUGUUCACGCCGUUGACCCUCGGUCCGCGGGACUCGGAGGUUCCGCUGUGCUGGCUUCUUUGAGGUCCCAGGUCGUGGAAUUGGCCAGUGCCAACGGGGUUUUGGAGUCGAUGCAACUGGCCGCACAAGCCACGCUUCAAAGAGGCUGGUCCGUCCUCUUGCCCACUGCUGAUGAAAGAGCAAAAACUUUGUCAGCGCUGUUGCCCAGCUCAGGCCCCAAUGCAAACAGCCUCAGUCCAGGACAUCGCUUCAUGAUGGAUCUUCUCGUCAGUAGUUUGAUGGCUGAUGGUGGUUUGGAAGCAGCUCUUGUCGCUGCCAUUAGAGUUGAAUUGGGUUUGCUUGCUGGAGAUGGUUCUCCAGACAUAUCUUUGCCUGGAGCCACUAUUUCAUUACUCCAUCUAGUGAAGCAGCUACUGCGGAGUGGAACCGCACAAACAUUAUCAGCAUUACAAAAUUUGAUGCCCAGCCCCAAAGAACAACCUAGUCUUAAUUUAUUGUUACGUUUUCAAAGACUUUUAAUUGCACAAAUAUAUCCUCAUAGCCAAGCUCGGGCUCAAUCUGACCAAGAUACCGUGGGCGCUGAGUCGCUUCUCAAAAAGUACAUCUGUCAACUGUGCCAGCACGCUUCCGAAGUUUUGCCCGUCGCUUCGGAAAUCGCUGCCGGAGGAGCGAAGCACUUCGCAGCUGUCGUGGCAGUGAUGCGCACCGAUGUCAUCCACGUGCUGCUGCCGGAGCUGGCCGUGUGCCUGACGCUGCUGCAGCAGUCGCUGCCGCUGCUGCUGCACACGGUGGACUGGCUGCAGCUGCUGGCGCCGCUGCUGGACGCGCUGGACACCCUGAACCGCCUGGCGCCGCAGCUGGACGCCGCGGAGCACGAGGACCUGUCGUGGCCCGGGGUGCCCGUGCUGGCGCCGCUGUACGGCGAGGGCGACGGGUCGGGCCGCGACGCGCUGCCGCUCGUCCGCGCCGUGGACGUGGAGAACAACAACCGCGACGGCGGCCGCUGGGUGCGCGUCGGCAUGAGGGUCUACGACGUGGGGGAAGCCAAGACCGUGGACCCGCUGCGCGCCUCGCUGGUCGGCAAGUUCCUGGACUGCGACGCGGAGGAGCACGACGGCGGCGCGCUGCUGGCGGCGUGGACGCCCCUGCUGGACGCGGAGCGCGACCUGGCCUUCCUGCUGGGGCUGCACGCCCGCGGGCUGGCGCGGAGCACGGCCAGGCAGCCCGCCGAGGACGGCGCGCACGCCUGGCUGGCGGCAACUUUCCUGCGCGGCGGCCUGCAGGGCCUGCAGCCACCCAACCCCUUCGAGGAGGAGAAGACGGAGGCGCGCUCGGGCUGCUCCGCCAACUCCAACGCCGCCACGCCCGGCACCACGCCCACCGAGGCCAAGACGCCCCAGCUCACCACCACGGACAGGGCCUCCGCCUUCCUGCAAUCGCUGGCCGAGAGUAGAAUCAUGGACCGACAAAUCGCAGCGCUGCUGUCCCUGGUGGAGAGGUACUGCCAGCAGCACGGCCUGGUGACGCACGUCGAGUUCCUGCCCGACCACCCCGUCGAGGAGGUGGGCCGCCUGCUGCUCUCCGUGCUCAUCAAGCACCUGGGCCUCGCCGCGCACGUGCUGAGAGUCAUCGAUCGAGAGCUGGAGGAGGGCUUGUCCUCGUCGGCGGGCUCCUCGUCCGCCUCCAUGACGGCCGUGGCGGUGCCGCGCUUCCUGGGCGAGCUGAUCCGCGUCGUGCACCAGACCAAGUGGCGCCUCAUCAAGGCCCGGCAGGAGCAGAGCCGCUCGUACAAGGAGGUGUGCGCGCGCGUGCAGGAGCGCUGCCGCUUCCUGCUGUUCGAGGUCCGCGCCGCCACCAGCGCCGAGCUGCGCGCGCUCGACCGCCUGCCGCUGCUGCACGUCCAGCCGCGCUGGCCGCGCGUCGUGCGGAGGCUCAUCGCCGACCUGCGCGCCAAGAAGCAGCAGCCGCCGGCCAAGCCCGAGGACAUCGUCAACGCGUCCAUCCAGAGCCAGGGCGCCGAGCAGAAGAGCGAGGAGAAGCGCGACGGCUGCGGCGAGCACCGCGAGGAGAGGGACAGACUGCGCGAGCGGCAGGAGCGCGACAAGGACGAGCCGUGCCUGCAGCUGGCGGCGCACAUCGUGGACUUCGUGCUGCAGGAGGCGGGCGCCGACGUGGAGACGCUGCGCAAGGCCAUGUUCUGCCAGGUGCAGCGCGUACGCAUCCGCCGCCAGGGGCUGGGCAUGGCGCUCAACCUGCUGGGCCGCGCGCACCUGGUGCCCUCCGUCAAGUACGCGCUGCUGAGUGGCUGGCUCGGCCUGCACGCCCCGGUCGCGGCCUGCGCGCCUAACGCCACGCCAGUGCCGCUGCCUCGCGGCGGCCGCGACAACCAAGACACGCUGCCGACCACGCCGCAAACGGGCGUGCCAAUGCCGGUGGCUCCGAACCAAAGCCAGGGGCAGGACUGGGACCACUGCCUGGACAACAUCGACCUCGUGACGCCCUACGAGAAGGCCAUGGUGCUGCAGGCGCAGGCGUGCCUCACGUCGUGGGCCGUGUCCACGCUCAGGGACUUGUUGCUGCCUUCCCAGAUCCAACCACACGCCGCCCCCCGCGGCCGGGCCCCCGCCGCCGCGCCCGGGCCGCCCCACCGCCGCAUGCCGUGGGCACGGUUCGUGCUCAGCGUGCUGGGCAUGCUGACGGGCAGCCCGCAAGGCGCCGAGCUCAGCGUCAUCGUCAACUCGGGCGUGCUGGCGCUCGUGCAGAGCCUGCUGCGCGAGGUGAACGCCCACGACCCCACCCCCGCCACGAUGCAGCCGCAGCAGGGGCUGGCCGUCAAGGAGGACAAGCAGGACGGCAAGCAGGCCGUGCAGGCCAUCUUCGAGCAGCCCUUCAACAAGGGCAUGAGCGGCCCCGAGAUGGCGGCGCGCAUCAAAGUGGGUUCCCGCGUGGUGCGCGGCGCGGACUGGAAGUGGAGCGACCAGGACGGCACGCCGCCGGGCGAGGGGCGCGUCGUGGCCGCGCUCGGUGACGACGGCUGGGUGCGCGUGCAGUGGGACAGCGGCUCCACCAACUCGUACCGCAUGGGCAAGGAGGGCAAGUACGACCUGCGCCUGCUGCUGGAGCCGCCCUCGCCCGUGGACAGCGAGCACGACAGCGACACCCCGGACGACACGGCCAAGAGUCGCGGCCGGUCUGGCGAGCUGGAGGUGGUGCUGAUGCUACGCCAGGCGUCGCUCACACUGCUGCGCACCAUCGCCAUCCGCAGCGGGCUGGAGGCCGACCGCAUGCAGGAGUCCGCGGUGCGCACGCUCGGCGGGCUGCUCAGGGAGCUGGUGCAGGUCAACACGCGCGCCGCCGCGCCCGCCGCCGUGAGCCUGGGGUCGGGCCUGGCGGCCAGCUUGGCGGCCUCGCUGCCCGCCUCGCGGUCGCAGACCAUCCAGACCAACGCGCUGCUCGUGCUGGCGGGCAGGUCGUCGGGGCUGCACUGCGCCGACUGGGCCACGCUGGGCUUCAUCCGGGCCGUGGCGGCCAGUGGGGCCAUGUGCCGCGCCCUGUGCACGCCGCCCUGGCUGCGGCUACUCACCGCCCUCGCCGGCUGCGGCGCGCUGCACAAGCAGAUCCUCGCCCUGAGGCUGCUGCAGAGCGUGCUGCCGUCGUGGCGGGCCAGCGACGCGGAGCGCACGCUGCUGUUGGAGCAACUCAUGAGCCACCUGGGGAGCACCGCCCUCGCGUGCAACGCCGACCCCGUUCUCAACCAACCAGACAACCUGCCCAGCAUGACAGCGUCGCACACGAGCACCGUGGCGGAGCAGACCAUCGCGCUGCUGCGGGCGCUCCACGUGCUGCCCACGUGGACGGGCGUGGUGAACAGGCUGCUGGGCGGCAAGCUGGCCCUGGUCGGCGACAUGCUGCACAUGCAGGUGCAGAUGCAGGUGGCCGACGUGGACUCGGCGUGGGGCGCCCCCGGCCUCGGGCAGGCCCAGGGCGUGCAGGCCCAGGGCAUGAUGGUCAGCAUGAUGGCGGUCCUGUGCACGCUGGGCGGCUUGGACGACCGGGCCCGCAUGGGUGGCCAGGUGGUGACUGCCGACGGCGUGGUGGGCACGGUGGUGCGCGUGUCGGGGUGCUGCCGCCUGGUGGUGCAGCCCCAGGGCCAGCCGGGCGAGUCGCUGCGCCUCCGCCUGCCCGCCGUCCGGCCCGUCCCCGCGGCGCCCUUCGCGCUGGAGCGACUGCCGCUCAGCGAACCGCUGCUGGGCGCGUGGGCGCAGCUGCUGGCCGUGUGCACGCAGUCCACUCCAGUGCACCUGCAGCGCGGCGCGGCGACGGCGGGCGGCGUGGACGCGACGCUGCUGCGGACGCAACAACUGCAGCUGGCCGCGCUGCGCGCGUGCCGCGUCCUGUUCCGCCACCAGACGCGGCUGCGGCGAGUGCUACGCGCCCCGCUGACGCCGUCCUUCUGCGCGCACGGCGACGCCCUGGCCGAGGCCGCGGACUGCUGCGAGGCCGGCGUGGACGGCGGCGUCGAGGACGCGAGCCGCUGCCCCGCCUGCUGCCCCAACGGCACGCUGCUGCUGCACGCCCUGCUCAACAAGGCAGCGCAGGCCUCGCCGCUCAAGCCGCACUUCACCAAGCAGGAGAUCGAGGCAGCGGCGCUGACGCUGUCCCAGUCGCUGGCCGCGGAGCUGUCGCGCGGCGCGAAGGCCGUGCCCUCCUCGGCCCGCACCACCGCCGACGCCGGCGGCAGCGAGGCCUCUACGCCCGGCAGCGAGUCGGUGCCGGCCAGGUCUCAGCGCGUCACGCCCGCCGCGGGGCUGCUCACGCAGCUCACCGAGAUGGGCUUCAGCAGGAAGAGCGUCGAGUACACCUUGAAAGUGCUGGGAGAGACCUCUUCGGACGCCCCGGGCGGCGGCUUGACCAUUGAACGCCUCGUGGCGUGGCUUCUGGAACACCCCGACGCAGGCAUGUCGGACUCGGACACCAUCUCGUCCUUCGACGCGCUCUCCGACUCGGACUCGACGUCGGAGGAGGCCGAGGACGCCUCCAGCUCCUUCACCCACGUGGUGCCGGCCCAGCAGCCCGGCGUGGUGUACCACAGCCGCGCCGACUUCCACAGCAAGGACGAGUACGCCAUGUACGUGCGCGACAACAUCGCCCCCGGCAUGCUGGUGCGCUGCUGCAAGACCUACGAGGUGGUGUACGAGGGCGACGUCGGCCAGGUCAUCAAGAUCGACUCGGAAGGGCUGCACGACCUGAACGUGUUUGUGGCCUGGCAGCACCGCAACGACACUUACUGGGUGCGCUUCAUCCACGUGGAGCUGCUGGGCUUCCCUCCCACGGCCAGGCGCUCCCCGCGCGGCUCCAAGGCCGCCGCGGCGUCCGGCGCCACCCCGACCCCGACCGCCUCGGCGCCGACCCCUGGCGCGGCCUCCCCAGCCACCGCCGGGACGACCGCGCCGACGGCGGCCACUGCCUCCUUGCGGAGCCCCGAGGCCGCGCCCGACUGCGCCGCGUGCCUCGGCAGCACGCACGGCGGCGCGCGCUACGCGUGCCACCAGUGCCGCAACUUCUGCCUGUGCGAGGCCUGCUUCCACGUGGUGUCCAGGCACUUCCACCGCCACCAGCUGCUGCGCGUCAGCGACGGAGACCCCGACGGCCGCUACGUCCCCAGCGCCCUGCCGAGGACGUCCUUGAGCCAGAGCCGGCCCCUGGCGCGCGUCAUGUCGCAAGGCGACAGCAGCUCCGCGUUGAGCUCGCUGGUGGAGGACUGGUCGCAGUGCGUGAAGAGGGUCACGGCCUCGUCCAGGGAGGCCUCCGUGUCCCGACUGUUCGACGGGUCGGGCAGCUACUGGCAGAGCUGCGGCACUCAGGGCAAGCACUGGAUCCGACUGGACAUGCAGCCGGACGUGACGAUACAGCUGCUGGCCAUGACGGUGGACCCCAGCGACAGCAGCUACAUGCCCUCCCUGGUGGUCGUGUCCGGCGGGGACGUGUACUCCGACAUGACGGAGCUGGCCAGCGUCGUCAUCAGGUACACGGACACCGUGGUGCCCCUGCUCAGCGACCUCAAGGAGUACUACCCGUGCAUCGAGGUGGCCAUCAAGCAGUGCCGCAACGGAGGCAUCGACUGCAAGGUGCGCGCGCUGUGCGUGGUGGGCCGGCGCCGCGUCGUGGAGGACCCCAUGCCGAGGUCCUUCUCCUUCCUGGCGUCCGACUCGCAGGUCAAGGACUUGGGCCUGGCCGAGUGGGGCGUGGUGGGGCCCGGCCCCGGGGACGCGUGCGACCCCCCGAGCCGCGUGUACGUGUGGGGGCUCAACGACAAGGACCAGCUCGGCGGCGCCAAGGGCUCCAAGGUCAAGCUGCCCGUUUUCUCCGAGUCGCUGUCCGCGCUCAGGCCCGUGCACAUCGCCGGCGGCUCCAAGACCCUCUUCGUCGUGUCGUCGGACGGCAAGCUCUUCGCGUGCGGCGAGGGUUCCAACGGGCGCCUCGGCCUCGGACACAGCGGCAACGUGGCGACGCCGCGGCAGCUCCUGUUGCUGGCGCCGUACGUGGUGCGCAAGGUGGCCGUGCACUCGGGCGGCAAGCACGCCAUGGCGCUCACCCAGGACGGCAAGGUGUUCUCGUGGGGCCAGGGCGAGGACGGCGAGCUCGGCCACGGCACCAGGGCCACCCUGGACCGGCCGCGCCUCAUCGAGGCCUUCCGCGCCAAGCGCGUGAGGGACAUCGCGUGCGGCUCGGCGCACUCGGCCGCCAUCACCUCCGGCGGCGAGCUCUACACGUGGGGACUGGGCCAGUACGGCAGGCUGGGGCACGGCGACAACGCCUCGCAGCUCAAACCCAAACUGGUGAAGGCCCUCCUCGGCCGCCACGUGGUGCAGGUGGCCUGCGGCAGCCGCGACGCCCAGACGCUGGCGCUCACGAGCGACGGCAUGGUGUUCUCGUGGGGCGACGGCGACUUCGGCAAGCUGGGCCGCGGCGGCUCGGAGGGCUGCAGCGUGCCGCAGAACGUGGAGCGCCUCAACAACCUCGGCGUCUGCCAGAUCGAAUGCGGAGCCCAGUUCUCCCUCGCGCUCACCAAGACGGGGCAGGUCUGGACGUGGGGCAAGGGCGACUACUACCGCCUGGGCCUGGACUCGGACGCGCACAUGCGCUGGCCCACGCUGGUGGAGGCGCUGCGCGGCGAGCGCGUGGUGCAGGUGGCCGUCGGCGCGCUGCACUGCCUGGCCGUCACGGACCAGGGCCACGUGUUCGCGUGGGGCGACAACGACCACGGCCAGCAGGCGUCGGGCUCCACCCUCGUGAACCGCAAGCCCGCCAUGGUGCAGGGGCUGGGCGACGUGCGCGUCAAGCGGGUGGCGUGCGGCUCCAGCCACUCCAUCGCCUGGACCUCGGUGGAGCCUCAGCCGCCCGGCCUGCAGGAGCCCGUGCUGUUCGACACGACGCGCGACCCGCUGGGCAGCUCUUCGCUGGGCGUCGUGGAGCCCGACGUUCUGGAUACGGACUCGGGCAACGCCGUGCCGCCGACUGGGGCCGCGGCCGCGGUGCCCCCGCCCAGUAUUGUGCCGUCGGUCCCCGCGGCGCGGCCGUCGCUGUCGCAGAUCCUGCUCGGCUUGGAGUCGGCGGGGGCGCGGCAGCACGCCCUCAACCACGUCCUGGCCGCGCUCAAGGUGCUGCAGGCCCGCGAGGUGGUGUCCGCCGCCUUCAACUGCUCCGUGGACAGCGUCGCCAACAACGCCCUGACGGCCUCGGAGUGCUCAGCGGACUCCCCUGACAGCCCGCUGCCGCCCGACAGCAUGGCGCUCAGCAUGGGCAUGAGUGUGAGCCUGGGGCUGGUGCAGGAGGCGCUGGGAGAGGCGCUCGCCCUGGAGGCGGCGCAGUCCCAGGUGGUGGAGGCCGAACCCGAGAUCGCGCAGGGCGGUGGCGAGGCGCCCGCCCUCAUGCCGGACACCUUGGUGGUGAGCGCGCACACGACGCCGGGCAGCGAGGAUAGCCCGGUGGGCUUCCCGUCUUUCUCGGCCUCGUCGUCGGCCAGCUUGUGCUCCAGGGCGUCGGGGUCCAAGAUGUCGUCCAGCGCCAUGAGCGUCAUCGCGGCCACCGCCACCUCCAAGGCGCAAGUGGUGGGCGCGCUGGAGGGCAACGGACCCGCCCCGGCGGAUGAACUGUGCGCCCUGCUGGGGGCGGACGACGCCUGCAUGCUCGUCGACAUCCUCAAGAUCGUCCUGAGCCGCAACUGCGAGACCAAGGAGACGCUCUCCAAGAUCCUGUCCUCGCUGGCGGCCACCAAGCCCGGCGUGCGCGCGCUGCUGCUGGAGCUGUGCGUCACGGAGCUGGAGGACGUGGCCAGGGACACGCAGGCGCGGCGCCGCGUGCCGCAGCCCGUGGUGCAGGAGAGCAGCCACCCCUACAUCGACGACAUCACGCUCACGGGCCACGUCAAGAUCCCCGGCGCGGACAGCCUGCGCGUCGAGUUCGACCGCCUGUGCUCCACGGAGCGCCGCCACGACCCGCUCACCAUCACGGACGGCGGCGGCAGGAUGGUGGCCGUGCGCUCGGGCCGCGAGUGGAACGACUGGUGCCAGGAGCUGCACAUCCCCGGCGACGAGAUGCGCUGGAAGUUCACGUCGGACGGCUCCCUCAACGGCUGGGGCUGGAAGAUGACGGUGCACCCCGUGGUGCUGUCCAGCUCGAGAGACGUGCGCGCCGAGCGGCUGGUGCUGUCCGAGCCCUCCAUGGAGCUGGUGGUGUGCCUGCUGGAGCCCAGGCUGCUGCAGGCCGCCGACCGCCACGUGGUGUCGCGCCUCGCGGCCGCGCUCGCCGCCUGCGCCCAGCUCAGCCACCUCACGUCCGGCGAACGGAUGUGGUCCCUGCAGUGCCUGAGGCGCCUGCUCCGCGCGGGCCUGGGGGCCGCCAUGACGGCAGCCUCGCCCGCGGGCCACGGCGCCAGCAGCGAGCCGGUGGCGGCGUUGCUGCAGGGCCUGCCUCUGGCCCUCCUCCGGCAGCACGAGUACGAGGACCCCGCCGUGCGCUCCGGCAAGCAGCUCCUGCACAGCCCGUUCUUCCAAGAGCUGGUGGCGCUGGCGUGCGACCUGGGCCUGGACUCGCUGCCCUGCUGCGCCGAGAACCACAAGUGGUCCUGGUUCAGGAGGUACUGCAUGGCGGCCAGGGUGGCGUCCGCCAUCAUCAACAGGAAGACGCUGCCCGCCACCUUCUGCACGGAGGUCCGCAAGAGGAUCAUGGAGCUGUCCGAGGAGGGCACGAGUGCCAAGGACAUGAGCACGGACCACGAGAACCACGCCCUAUUCAAGCUGGAGCACGACGAGCAGUUGCUCAUGUGGCUCAACAGGCGGCCCGACGACUGGACGCUGUCGUGCGGCAGCGGCACCAUCUACGUGUGGGGCCACAACCACCGCGGCCAGCUCGGCGGCGUGGAGGGCACGCGCGUGCGCCUGCCCACGCCGUGCGAGGCGCUGUCGUCGCUGCGCCCCGUGCAGCUGGUGGGCGGCGAGCAGACGCUGCUGUCCGUGUCGGCGGACGGCAAGGUGUACGCCACCGGCUACGGCGCGGGCGGCCGCCUGGGCAUCGGCGGCGUCGACUCGGUCACCACGCCCACGCUCCUCGAGUCCAUCCAGCACAUCUUCAUCAAGAAGGUGGCCGUCAACUCUGGCGGCAAGCACUGCCUCGCCCUGUCCGCCGAGGGGGAGGUGCUGUCGUGGGGCGAGGGCGACGACGGCAAGCUGGGCCACGGCAACACACACUCGCUGGACCGGCCGCAGCUCAUCCAGGCCCUGCAGGGCCGCGAGAUCUCGGACAUCGCGUGCGGCGGCGCGCACUCGGCCGCCAUCAGCGCCGCGGGCGAGCUGUACACCUGGGGCAAGGGCCGCUACGGCCGCCUCGGCCACGGCGACAGCGAAGACCAGCUGCGGCCCAAGCUGGUGGAGGCGCUGGUGGGCUACCGGGUGGUGGACAUCGCCUGCGGCAGCGGCGACGCGCAGACGCUGUGCAUCACGGACGACGACAACGUGUGGUCCUGGGGCGACGGCGACUACGGCAAGCUCGGCCGCGGCGGCUCGGAGGGCUGCAAGGUGCCCAUGAAGAUCGAGUCCCUGGCCGGCCUCGGCGUCAUCAAGGUGGAGUGCGGAUCGCAGUUCUCCGUCGCCCUCACACGCUCCGGCAGCGUGUACACGUGGGGCAAGGGGGACUACCACCGACUGGGACAUGGCACCGACGACCACGUGCGAAGGCCGCGCAAAGUGUCGUCGCUGCAGGGCAAGAAGAUCAUCUCCAUCGCCACAGGCUCCCUCCACUGCGUGGCGUGCAGCGACCAGGGCGAGGUGUUCACGUGGGGCGACAACGACGAGGGCCAGCUCGCCGACGGCACCACCAACGCCAUCCAGCGGCCGCGCCCCGUGGUGGCGCUGCAGGGCAAGAAGAUCACGCGCGUGGCGUGCGGCUCGGCGCACACGCUGGCCUGGAGCCUGGCGCAGGCCGGCGAGGCGGGCGGCGCGUGCGGGCCGCGCCUGCCCCAGAGCGCGCCCCUCGAGUACGACCUGGUGCGAGACCUGCCGCUCAGCACGCUGCGCGACCGCCUGCUGCUGCUGCACCACUUCUCCGAGCUGCUGUGCCCCGGCGUCGCCAUGUUCCCCGUGCAGCAGGCCCUCCACGGUGACGUGAGCCUGUCGCAGCUGCGCGCCUCGCUCGUGUACUCCAUCAAGGAGGCCGCCUUCCGCAAGGUGGUGCAGGCCACCAUGGUUCGCGACCGCCAGCACGGCCCGGUGCUGGAACUCAACCGCAUACAGGUGAAGCGGUCCCGCGGGUCGCGCGGUGGGCUGGCCGGCCCGGACGGCAUCAAGUCCGUGUUCGGCCAGAUGGUGGGCAAGAUGUCGCUGCUGACGCAGGAGGCGCUGUUCCUGCCGCACCGCGUCUGGAAGGUCAAGUUCGUGGGCGAGAGCGUGGACGACCUGGGCGGCGGCUUCAGCGAGAGCAUCGCCGAGAUGUGCGACGAGCUGCAGAACGGGGCGCUGCCCCUGCUCAUCCCCACGCCCAACGGGCGCGACGACGCGGGCACCAACCGGGACUGCUUCCUGCUGAACCCCGCGGCGCGCUCGCCGCUGCACACCACCAUGUUCCGCUUCCUGGGCGUGCUCAUGGGCGUGGCCGUGCGCACCGGCAACCCGCUGAGCCUCAACCUGGCCGAGCCCGUGUGGAAGCAGCUGGCCGGCGAGCAGCUGACGCCCGCCGACCUGACGGAGGUGGACCGCGACUACGUGCCCGGCCUGCUCUGCAUUCGCGACAUGUCCCCCGACGAGAAGCUCUUCCAGACGCUGGAGAUCGCCUUCUCGACGCCCUCCGCGUCCGGCGUGGAGAUGCCGCUGUCGUCGCGCCACCGCCGCAUCACGCCCGACAACCGGCACGAGUACAUCCAGCUGGCACUCAACUUCCGCCUGCACGAGUUCGAUCAGCAGGUGGCCGCGGUGCGCGAGGGGCUGGCGCGCGUCGUGCCCGUGCCGCUGCUGUCCCUGUUCCGCGGCUACGAGCUCGAGACCAUGGUCUGCGGCUCGCCGGACAUCCCCCUCGCCCUGCUCAAGUCCGUCGCCACCUACCGCGGCAUCGACGCCACCUCCCCGCUGGUGCGCUGGUUCUGGGAGGUGAUGGAGGAGUUCAACACGCAGGAGCGCUCCCUGUUCCUCCGCUUCGUGUGGGGCCGCACGCGCCUGCCGCGCACCAAGGCCGACUUCCGCGGCCGCGACUUCGUGCUGCAGGUGCUGGACAAGUACAACCCGCCGGACCACUUCCUCCCCGAGAGCUACACCUGCUUCUUCCUGCUCAAGAUGCCGCGGUACUCCUGCAAGCCUGUGCUGCUGGAGAAGCUCAAGUACGCCAUCCACUUCUGCAAGUCGAUUGACACGGACGAGUACGCGCGCGUGCCCAUGCCCGGCGGCGCCGUGUCGAGCGACACCAACGAGGUGGACAGCAUCGGCAGCGACGAGAACGACCCCGCCAUCGCGUACGUGUAAGGCCCUUUAAGGCCCUCUAGGACUUCCAAACCUGGCUUUGACUGACUUCAGCAAUUGUUGCGUCCUUUUUACUGUUGUGACCCAAACGCCUCCGCUCUUGAGGGGCGCAGCUCAAAAGUAGCUGUUCUUAUUAUUGGAGCUGAAACGGACGCCUGUUUCGCGUGACGUCAGUUUGUUCCUAAGAUUAUUAUUUUUGUCAUGUAACGUUUCAGAAGAAUGAUGUAAGAGAGAGUAUAAACUAUUUUUUCAGUGGAUUAUUUCAUUUUUAUUGUGUUUGUUUAGUGCUCAAAGGUUAUCUAAUUUUAUAUUUUGUCAUGAUAAGAUUAUUUAUUUAUUUAUACUAUUACCCUUUGCAAAGUCUUCUUGAAGCUGUACCUCAAAUGUUACUUGUGUCCCAAAAGUAUAUGUUUUCUUAAUGUUCUGUCCUCUGUCAAACAUCAUAUUUCUCUUGUAUACAUCUUAUAAGAUAUCAUAAUUAUUAAAUCUGUGAUUAAUUUUGCAUAUAUGCUUGAUUAUUUUGUUAGUUUACGUGUAAGUGAAAUGUUACUAAAAGCAUGGAGCCAGUGCCUGUGUGCCUUUCAGUGUUGACCAGCACUAUCUCAUCUUGCUGACAAAAUAUGUGAUAAACGCACGUAGAAUAAAUGUUUCUUUACUUAAGGUGUAUAUAUAAUAAUGUCAUAUCAUUUAAGGACGCGUCUUCUUGUUUUAAGAAGUUAGUUAUUGUCGCUUGUACUGAUAGGGUAGGUAACACUAAAAAUGUGAUUUUAGUAAAUAAAUAAUAUGCGUUGUUACAUCGUUGAUUGCACAAAGGAGAACAAUUGGUCUAUCAUCCACUGCCUAAAAGAAAAGCCUCACAUUUUGUGACAGCUAAAUGAAAUGUUCCUUUGUGUACCACUAAAGUAGUAAACCUUGUUGUAUUGCAUCCAUGCUUUGUUAUAACGUGAUUUUUGUUGUCUUUUUUUUAAAUAAUACAUAGCUUAAAAAUCA